AAUAUCCCUCUUUGAUUUGUUACUUCUAAAAAUCACCCCCUUCCUCUUUCAAGUUCUGUUUUCCAUUUCCAGGACUGGCAUUACCCACCAAUUUUUCUUCUUCCAGCGCAAUGCAUAAGCUCCUUUCACGUCCACUCUCGAAUCCCCCAAAACACUCCUUCUCUUGCUUCUUCUCCCACUCUGUUUCCAAAACCACUUACGACCCUCCAUUUUCCCCUAUUUCCAAACCUCCAAAACCCAAACCAAAGCCACCCGACCCAUCCCCAAACCGGAACCCGACUCCUAUAAAGUCAAGCCUCCCAUUUGACUUCAGGCACUCCUACUCUGAAACCGACCCGACACUCGAACCCAUCGGGUUCCGAGAGCCAAAGAGGUUUUCUCCUUUUGGACCUGGAAGGCUUGAUAGGGAAUGGACCGGGACUUCAGCGCCGGUCCGAGAUGAAGUGGGUAGUUGUUUGGUCGAAGAGGAGAGGAUACGGGUUCUUGGUGACCCGCUUACAGAGGAGGAAAUCGAGGAAUUGGUUGAAAAGUAUAGGCAUAGUGAUUGCGCUCGGCAAAUCAAUCUGGGGAAGAAUGGGGUCACGCACAACAUGUUGGAUGACAUUCAUAAUCAUUGGAAGAGAGCUGAAGCUGUAAGGAUCAAGUGUUUGGGAGUACCAACUCUAGAUAUGGACAAUGUUUGCUUUCACCUUGAGGAAAAAUCUGGGGGGAAAAUCAUCUACCGCCACAUAAAUAUCCUCAUUUUGUAUAGGGGUCGAAACUAUGAUCCCCAAAACCGACCAGUUAUACCUCUUAUGCUAUGGAAGCCUUAUGCUCCUAUAUAUCCGAAGCUUGUGAAAAACGUUGCUGAUGGCCUGACAUUCGAAGAAACCAUGGAAAUGAGAAAUAGAGGACUCCACUCUCCUGCUCUUAUGAAACUCACGAGGAAUGGAGUGUAUGUAAACAUGGUAGCCAGGGUCCGGGAGGCAUUCGAGACUGAGGAGGUGAUUAGACUAGACUGCACCCAUGUUGGUACGAGUGACUGCAAAAGGAUUGGUGUAAAGCUAAGGGACUUGGUUCCUUGUGUACCUAUUUUGUUCAAGGAUGAACAAAUUAUACUCUGGAGGGGAAAGAGAGAUAAGGAAUGAAACUCUGACAUUUCUGAUGCCAAUGAGAAAUCUUCGGGUAUUUAGUUCAGUUUCCGAACCGGAAAUCUGAUGCGGUAAUGAAUUGGGCUAUCAUUUAUUUAUGCUUCCAGGCCAACGAUUGUUGGAUAGGCUGCUUGUUGAUUCUGUUGCCUGGAAAAGCUAUCGUUGCUGAUGAAAAUCAAUGUUCCAGUUCGUUUAAGCAACUUAUUGUCAUCACCUGUUUGCAUUGGUGCAUCCAUCGGGUUGCAUUUCGAACGUCAGGUAGUCUGUUUACAAGUUUGUAAUUGUCCUGAAAUUUAAAAUCAGUCUUCAUUUUUCAGGAAAAAAACUCCAGUCUUCAUAAUGUAAAAAAAAAAAAAAAAGGUACAUUUUUGGGAAGUUUGUUGCAAAGGUAUCUUUCGUUAACUGAAACAAUGGAAUGAAAGAAUUUUGUGCACUAAUCCCUUUAUUUUUGUGGCUACGGCAGACACUUUGUUCUAUAUGAGAAUCUGUCUGGAGCACUUUUCCAUUUGUAAAAUGGUUAAAUAUGUUGUUUAUUUGACUGUAAUGCAUCUUAGAUAGAGUGUGAUGUGAAA